AGUUGGCCCAAUAGAAAUUCAUCAAAGUUCUCUCUCCAUCUUCUCCCUCCCCUUAAAAAGUAACAGCUUCUCGUCCAUCUGCCAUUCGUUCAAUCCACCCACAUAGGAAAGGAGUUGAUGGCAGCCAAGUUACAGCAGUUGCAAACCAAGGCUGUCCAGGCCUCACAAUUUGUAGCCAAGAAUGGAACUUCCUACUACAAGCAGUUGUUGGAGCAGAACAAACAAUACAUUCAGGAGCCGCCUACUGUGGAAAAAUGUAAUGAAUUGGCCAAGAAGCUGUUCUACACUCGUCUUGCAAGUAGGGAAGAGUGGCUGGUAGAGACCAUCUACAUUACCUGGAAGUGGAAUGAACUUGUGUGUUUCGAAGUCAUUCCUGGUCGAACUGAGUCAUUCUGGAAGGAACUCGAUUAUGUCAAGAACGCCUGGAAGCACAGACAGGAGCUGAAGGUUGAAGAUGCCGGCAUUGCUGCACUGUUCGGCCUUGAGUGCUUUGCAUGGUUUUGUGCUGGCGAGAUUGUGGGAAGGGGAUUUACUUUCACUGGUUACUAUCCUUGAAACAUCCAUUUUGGUAAAAUUGAAAAAUGUUUGGCCAAUUGGUCAUUGAUCUUCUUCUUUUGACAGUUUUUGAAGCUGAAAAAUCAGUGAUUAAUACUUCAUUGUCUCAAUAAUCAGCAUAUCAACAUUUAAAUUUCUUUGGUAGAGUGGCUCAGAGUUGAUCUUUGUGACAGAAUUGUGAUUCCAGUUUCAGGGAUUUUGCUGCUUGUGAUGAAUGCAAGUUUUUACC